AUUUCUCACGAUCCAGUCACGCGACAUUGCCGGUUAGCACCCGCACAGAAUCGUACCAUUCGACCGAUCGAACCAGAGCGCUCAGGCGAGUAUAUAUCGCAAAGGAAAAUCCCUGACGCGGUCAACCUCUGUUUCUGACCAAAGCGACGCUUCAAUGGAAGACCCGACUAAGUAUCGCGAGGAGUCCCCCACAGCGAGUGGAUCCUCUAUUUCGUCGUCCUCACCACUUAUGUCUCCUUCCCAUCUCGGGGUAUUCGGCCUGUCCCACUAUAUGUCUAUGAGCAACCCUGAACUUUCUUCCUCUUCAUCUGAAAGCCAGUCACAAGAAAGCCGGGAGCAGAGCCCCAGUGACUGGCCAACGUCAUGGACCGAGUCUAAUCAACUCUUCACCGAUUCAUGGAAAUGGAAUGCAGACUCGUUUAUUGAUAGUGCAUACGUUGACCCCACCGCAUUGACAUUGGGAGGUGAUUCUGCGAUAGCGCAGUCCGACUCGUACUACCUUACACUACCAGCGAAUAUCGAUGCAACGACCCUUUUGGCGGCUUACGCCCAAGGUUUCCAAACCAAUAACGUUCAAGAACAAGGGUCCACCAUGCCUGUGCCUCGGAUAGUCGAACCCUCUUUGACUCCCCCAUUCCCCGCAAAUCCCCCGUCAACUGGACCGGUGUUGGUUGGGCCGGAGGACAUUGCAAAGCGAGCGAAGGAACGAGCUGGGAUACAGCAAGCGAUUCCUCUGUCUGCCGUCGGUGCAGAGCAUCGACCAUCAUUUCCGCACCUACUUACUCCCCCUCCCUCCAUGCUACAAGCUCCCAGCCUCUCUCCCAGCUUUGGGUCUUCUGUGUCCUCUGCCUCCUCUGUAUCUCCAACACCACCAGCUCUCCCCACCUCACGGAAUAAAACUUCGCACACGGAUAUUGAGAGAAAGUAUCGUUCGAAGCUGAAUAAUCGCUUCAUUGCCCUUCGACAUGCCGUGCCAGCCCUUCGCAUCUUAGAAAAAGACCGUUUCCCUGAGGAGAAGGUUGAUGAGCGGGGGUAUGUGGACGGCGUCAAAGCUGCUCGGAAGGCUAGUAAAGGGAGCAUUCUCGGAAAAGCUACGGACUACAUAAAUGUGCUGAAAAGCCUCGUUGGUGGUCGCGAACUUUAUGAGAACUGGGAACGUGAGUGGAAGGCACAGUUUGGGGGAGAGGAGACAGGUAACGUCAAUGAGGAAGAGGACGGCGAUGAUGAUGAAGGGUCCGAGGAUGAAGAUGACAAACCUAAGAAAAAAGCACGCAUCGCGCCAGUCACCGCCCCGCAGAAGGAGACCAGGGCCGAGGUCGCGCCUCCAGCCGCAGUGCCUGUUCCCGGUUCUGGGGAACUGAAGCGAAAGCGUGGUCGGCCACGGAAGGUGCAGCCAGCUCCCGUAGCACCGCAAUCGCAGACGCCGAUUUCCCCUCAAGUCCCUUCGUAUACGUUUAUGCCGCAGCAGCCCGUUCCCGUUGGGGCAGCUGGCACCGACCACAGCAAGCUGUUCCUAGGCGUGUUCCUUCUGUUCUCCUUCUUCAACCCUCCUUCAGGCGACUCUUCACAUCACCAUGCGCAUUCUGGAACCGUCCUCGGGACGCUUCGUGACACCUUUCGUGACCGCACGCCCGAGCACGUGUUUUCCCCCGCACUCCAAUUUUUGACUACAAGCAGAUUUAUGAACUUGAUUCACUCUGUUAUUACCCUUGGCCUGUUCGUGUCUGUCGUUCUGUCGGUCCUCCCAUCGGCUACAUGUUGGCUGCCUUCCUUUUCAAAACGACGUCCUCCCAGGAAAGCUAUCCGAAGUAGCGACUUGGGAGGCGAUAGGGAGGCGCUUCGUGAUACGCUGGGCUGUGCCAACAUUGGACUUUUUACGUUCAUCUCUGCUGUAGUGGCUGGGUGGUGGUAUGCCUUUUGGGUGCAGCUUCGACAUUUCGCUGGAAUCCGCCCUCGCCCCUUUAAUAUCACAUUGGAGCGUGAGGCAUGGGUUCGAUUACAAGAUCCUCUACAGUCGCUGCUGAAGGCACAGUUGGGAACAGAAUCACACCACUGGGUCUCAUCGCUACUGGCUUAGUAUGUAAAAGACUGAAGCGUGCCGCGAAUCAGCUUUUUCUCGAGAAGUCUCCUCAUCCUGUUGAUUCUCGAUC